AUGUCGAUGAGCGAAGGCCAACUACAAAACUUACUACAAGAGCUCUCCGCUUCUCAUCAGCAAUACACUGCACAGCUUCAAGCCACCCUUGGAUCACUACGCACGGUUGCAAGGGAUGAGGCCUUACUAAAGGCGACGCAGAAGGAACUAGGAGCAUGCACAAAGGCCGGCGAUUCUGUAUGGAGUGGUGUAGGCAAGAUGUUCUUGAAGACGCCAAUUGAUGAGUACACGAGUGAGCUCGGCAACAAGUCCCAGGAACUCAGUGAUAGACAGUCUGCGCUUGAAAAGAAGAAGGACUACUUGGAAAUUAGUGUAUCCAAGACACAGGAUAGUCUAAAGCAGAUUCUCGGUGGUGCAAAGAAGUGAAUAUUAUAUAUAUAUAAUACGUUGAUACUAGUAGUAGCCCAAUGUUUUAUGUUCUUG